AUGUCCUCAGAAACGAUUUGGUCCUCCAACGCCAACCCAACGGUGUCACCCUCAGCAUCCUCGAUCCGGCUCCAGGAGCAAGUUGAUCCUGACAUGGCAAAGUUCUUUUCGAAUGCUCCUCCGACAAGCGGCCGCAGGUUCUCGUUCACCGAGACCGGCGAGUUCGAGUCUCAGAUUUUUGACUUUAAGUCGAACUUUCAGGCUUCCUACGCUGCUUCCACUGGCGGUCCCCACGCCCCUAACAUCUCCGGCGUCCGCAAUGGACAGGACCUUGUCCUGGGCAACGGCAUCGCCAAUAAUAAUGGCCAGGCUAUCCAAUUGGGAACAGCAUCCAUCAGUGGCGGCAUUGCUAGCAGGCAUCCUCCGAAGGAGAGUUUCUUGAACAAGUUUGCCUCGGUGGCCGAUGCCACUCGUGAUAUAGAAUUGUCCAAUGGCUUGGGCACGUUGUCUUUAGACGGCAAUCAAAGAAGGACCAGCUUCAACAGUGAUCAUGGAAUCAAGCCCCUCAUGGCUUCUCCUCAUGGUUCUUUAAACGAAAACUUGAAUAUGCCUGCUCCUAGAUCAUCGAGACAGCAGUCAAUUAGUGAGAAAAUUGACAAUUUCAACAACAAUUCUCCAAUUCAAAAUAGCGCUGCAUUAUCUAUAUCCUCAGACUUGAACGCCACCGGCUCUCAGCUGGGAAUAGACGUGUCCAAGACAAGCGCUCCAGGCAAUCAAAGCUUUUGGAAUCCAGCUGGUGCCACUUCUUUCACGCCAUCCUUCCCUCAGAAUCAUUUCCUCGACAGCUCGGGCUUUGCGGUGAAUGCUCCAUUCCAAAAUAACCCUUACAAUCGUGCAAAUGCUCCAGCUAUGCCACCAAUCAGCCCUCCACCUUUCAUGAUGGCCAAUCCGGCCCAGUUUGGUGAGGGCAUGUAUGGAUUCAUGAGUUACCCUAGUGUUGGUGGCCAGCCGGAAACCGCUGACGGCGGCAAUGACAAACCAACCGAAGCUGACUCCACCUCAUCUAAAGACAACAAGCCUUCAGACCCUCUGUCAAGAGCUCUGCCUCCUAAGUCAGGAGCCAUUCCAGGUGUUGGCUUAAUGAACAGACAAAUGAACCUGGGCUUCGUUUUCAACCCUUUCAAUCCUUACGCAAUGUACCCUCAAACCACGCCAUCCACAUCACCUGGCCCGGUUCCUCCAUCUAUGCUGCCUGUUGCUUUUGAAAAUGUUAUGCAACAAGCGCCUCAGUCAGUGCCUUCUAAUAGCCUGGAAGGAAGACCUCACACUAGUGCAUCUUCCGGAAAGAGAGGGAAAUUCGGGAAGGGAGCAAACUCUGGGCAUGGUAAGGGAGGUGGUCAUAUUUACCGUUCUCCCUUGCUUGAGGAGAUGCGCUCUAAUUCCAAGAACAAGGAUUACUCUUUGAAGGAUAUCUAUGGCCAUGCUGUUGAAUUCACAAUGGAUCAGCAUGGCUCUAGGUUUAUUCAACAGAAGUUGCCUCAAGCUAGUGAGGAGGAAAGAGAGGUAAUAUUCAAUGAAAUUCGUGAAAUUUCGUACGACUUGAUGACGGAUGUCUUCGGAAAUUAUGUCAUACAGAAGUAUUUUGAGCACGGGUCUGAGGUUCAAAAAGGUGUUCUACUCGAAUGUAUGAAGGGAAAGACAUACGAUCUUUCGUUACAGAUGUAUGGAUGUCGUGUGGUUCAACGUGCACUUGAGGCAAUUUCGUUGGAGGGUCAAAUUCAAAUAGUUCUGGAGUUGAAGAAUCACGUUCUUGUGUGUGCAAAGGACCAAAACGGUAACCACGUUAUUCAGAAAUCUAUUGAGAAAAUUCCCUUCAAAAACGUACGCUUCAUCUUGGAAAGCCUAGAAGAUCAUAUUUAUCAUUUAUCUACACACCCGUAUGGCUGCAGAGUGAUUCAGAGGUUGCUUGAAUACUCUGAUAUGAGAGAUCAAAAACAGAUAUUGAAGGAAUUGAACAAGUUCACGUUCUACCUCAUCCAGGAUCAAUAUGGCAACUACGUCAUUCAGCACAUACUUGAGCGUGGAUCUCACGAGGAUAAAGAGAAGAUUCUUGAAGUUGCUCUUGGAUCUAUUGUGAAUUUCUCGAAGCAUAAGUUUGCUUCUAAUGUCAUUGAAAAGUGUAUCAAGCAUGGUUCCAUCGAGCAACGCAAACGAAUUCUUCAAGAGGUUAUGAUUGGAAAUGAAGAUCUCACCAAGGAGUCCGUUGAUGAUGAUUCUCCUUUGGCGUUGAUGAUGAAGGAUCAGUAUGCCAAUUAUGUCAUUCAAAAAUUAGUAGAAGGUUUUGAUGCAAAGAGUCAGGAGAAAAGAAACUUGGUGGUGAAGUUGAGGCAGUAUUUGAAACAAAUCUCGAUGAGAAAUAACUACGGUAAGCAUCUUGCUUCUGUUGAAAAGAUGAUCAUCGUCGCUGAGACUGCUCUAGUUGAAGCUGAUCGCAAUUAA